AGCGAGGAAACUAUAGAGCCCAAUUACACAAGCAUAGAGCAGCUGUUUUGCUUUCCACAACCAACCCCCAAGGAGAAAACGGCCACACCAGUGAAGGCAGAACCGAAGGAGCUCCAACGAAGAGGUGGCUGCCAUGGUCCAGAAUGGGGACCGGACCAAGUUCGACGUUGAGGUUCUGAAGCAGUUGCUGAAGCUGCUGCCUGAAAAGCAUGAGAUAGAAAACCUGAAGUCCUUCAAAGAAGAGAAAUCAAAGCUAGCAAACGCAGAUCAGUUUUAUCUUCUCCUCCUUCAGAUUCCCAGCUACCAGCUGCGCAUUGAAUGUAUGCUGAUCUGUGAAGAGACCACUGUUGUGCUGGACAUGAUUCAGCCAAAAGCUGAAGCCAUCCGGAGAGCCUGCGAAGAUCUUCUGAACAGUCAUCGCCUGCCGCUCUUUUGUCAACUCAUUCUCAAAGUUGGAAACUUUCUGAACUACGGAAGUCACACGGGCGAUGCCGAUGGGUUUAAAAUCAGCACUUUACUCAAACUAACAGAAACCAAAGCAAACCAAACCCGCAUUACUCUGCUCCACCAUAUUCUGGAGGAAGUAGAAAACAGCCACACGGACCUACUGGAACUGCCAAAGGAUCUUGAAUAUGUUUCAAAAGCAGCAGGAAUUAAUCUUGAUAUUAUACGCACGGAGUCCAGUACCAAUUUAAAGAAAUUGCUAGAGCUUCAGCGAAAAGUCUUAUCAUCGAGCGACGAUGUGAAACAACAGUAUGAGAAACCUAUCCAGGAUAGCAUUGAUGCCUCCAGAAAGCUGGAAGAAGAAUUUGAAACCAUUGAAAGGAAGAGAGAAGAACUUGCAAAUUAUCUCUGUGAAGACCCAAGCAAGUUGUCCUUAGAGGACAUAUUUAGCACCAUGAAGACCUUCAGAGAUCUCUUCAUCCGAGCCCUGAAGGAAAACAAGGACAGAAAGGAGCAAGCUGCCAAAGCAGAAAAGAGGAAGAAACAGCUGGAAGAGGAAGAGGGGAAGAGACAGAAAGGAGAAAAUGGAAAAGUCAUUAAGAAGGGGGUGGUGAAGCAGGAGGAGGUGUGCGUCAUCGAUGCGCUGCUAGCCGACAUAAGGAAAGGGUUCACGCUGAGAAAGACAAAGAACAGACACGAGUUGGACGCAAUUCCUAAAACCUUGCCUGCAGAGAGCCCGGAGCAGAGCCAGUCUGGAAAGAGCUUUAAGGAUCCACAAGCAGCAGGAAAGCAGAUCGAUGAUGAGACGAAGCAGAACAACGAUGGUCAUCCCUCAGAAAGCACUCCCCCCUCAACCACUGCCCUGAUGGAGAUGGGUGGAGAUGUUACAAAUGCCUCAGCUUCAAACCAGGCUUUAAUUAAAAACAAUGCUGGAGGAGAUUUGCCACCAGAGUCCCGGACGGAAAGCCCCUCAGUAAGCUUGGUGGAAGCUGACGGGGCCAGUCAGCCCAUGCCGGGCACCAAGAUGGAGCAGGCAGACAGCUGGGCAAGCCUCCAGCCAAGCACAAAGAGCGGCUCCAUUGCCUUCUCUGCUGCUAACAUAGGCACGGGGAUAAGGUUUGUGAGCAGCAGUUCGGGCACUGCUCUGAGAGACCAACUCAACGGGUCCAUCUCAGAAGGCCAGGACAAAGAAUGCCUGGCUGAUGGAUCAGAGAGCUACAGGCUGGCGCAGGAGCCAGAAACCUGGCUGAGUGAGAGCAGGGUCGACCCUGGCAGCGCUCAGUCCGCUCCCUGCGAUGGGGCUCAUCAGGCAGAGUCAAAAGAGAUGGCGAAGGAAAAUGAAGACCCUGGUACAGACUCACUGUUGGACACCUCUCAAGAGAAGUCCUUCUCAGAGGAGCCAGCCACUGACUCCUCUUGUUCGGCAACGCUCCCCCCAGGGCAAACUCACAGCGACAGGGAAAAGCAGAGGCCAUCCGGGAAACGGAGGAAGAAGAAGAGGCACAGCAAAAGCUACUCAGCAGAGGUUGAGACUGAUACUGGAGAUAAUAAAACAAAAAAAGGUUGUGUGGCACAAUGAGGUGUCACAGCAAGGCAGAAGAAAUAAGAGACCCAGCGAACUGCUCACAUGUCCCCGGAGUGCUGCCAGCUUCUCAGAAGCCGGGUUCUGCAUCGCCAAAACACCACCGUGGUCACCUCUGCCCCACCAGAACGCACCGCUUCUCCUUGCACAGCCUUUCACUCCCCUCCCCAAGACCCAAAGAGUCUCCCCAGAGACUUCAGCCCCCUCGGCCGUGCCUUACGCUGGGUGCCCGUGGGGCCGGGGGCCGGUUCUGUGCGUGGCGGCCUGAAAGGGUCAGACCUCUCGUCUGCUGUCCGGGAAGCCAAGUCUUUCAGCCUGCUCUUAGGCCAAACUCUUCUUGAAACGACAGCUGAGUGUGGCCCAAGAAAGGACUGCAGUGUUUAGCCCUCAGAGAAAUUUUAAAAAUAGCAGUGCCUCAACUAAAUUAAGGGUAUAAAUUAAGCAGUGGCUGUACCAUUACAGGUGGAAGCGUGUUAACUCCCUCUUCUCAUCGCCCACUGACAAUUUAUAUUGGACCAGGUCCAAGACCCAGAUCAGACAAAUGUAUUUUUACUCUCAAUCAUUUAAAGCAAGGGAAAUCGGUUACAGGGAAAAAAAAGUAAAAAGAAAAAAAAAGUAUGUAUUUUAGUAAGCAUAUGGCCAUAUAAACAGUGUCUGGUUCUUACAUGACGCUUAUGUGCAAUUAAGUUGAAGCACGUCAGUAGUCUUGCAGUAAUCUUCUCACAUGCACAGAUGCAUCCAUUGACUUUUGGAGAACCAGGGCCCCAGUUCCUCUUAUUAAAGCAACAGAAAGAGGUUUUCCAGAAUGCUCUAUCGGACACAUUUUCAGCUCAUCCUUUAGUAAGUCUCUGGGUCUGAAUGCUGUUGUCAGCUGCUUGCACUCAAAAGUCUUUGUGUUCAAGCUGCAGAAUGUGUAGAUUCAUGUUACUUUUGCUUUAAAACUGGGAAUGUGCAGUAUUGUGUUUUCAAAAUUCAGAACUUUAUUUCUCAAGUUUUGUAAUAACAUUGUAUCAUAGUUUUGUACAUAGCUGUCCAUUUAAAAUGAUCUAUGUUUGUUGAAUCUAUAGUGUGAUACUGUGCUGAAACAUGAAUCAAGUGAAAGAGCUGGGUACAUUUAAGAACUUUGCCUUUAUAUGGUAAUUCACUGUGGCUAGACUAAUGUUCAGGCUGAAGCUUAUUUUGCUUUGCUUAAUAGGACUUGUAAUGUCCUUGUAAUACUGAAAACUUUGCUGGACUAAGUUAGAAGUUAAACCAAGAAUUAAAUCACUGGUUUAUUUUAACCAAAGCAUUGCUAUGAGCAUAUUGAGAAUCAGUUAAAAAAAGCAAAGAUGACUAGAGAGCAGACGCGUGGGCAGCUUCAGUUCAGCAGACCCCGCAGAGCAGCACAGCCCCAUUGCAGCUGAAGUCCCAUUCCUGGCUGGCAGAAGCAGGCAGAGACCCACCGUUUCCUGCAGAACCAUGUAACCCGCCCCAGGUUUGACCUGCAGGACGGUCUCUAUAACAUUUACAGGUUUCCCCUUUUUUUUUUUCCUCUUUUCCAGUCUCAGAGCACAUCACCCAAGCAUCAUCCUUUUGCUCUUUAAUCUAGCUUCUCUGCUCUCAGAUUAGACCCCAGGCUACAAAAAUCUGAGUAUCAAACAUGUUUUCCCAGCAGUUUUUCGACCUCCGUGUUUCCAGCAAAAGCCUGCAGCCCAGGCUAGGAGUGAGCAGUUAGCCUCCUGCUCCCCACCCCACUGUUUUAUCAAUAGGAACAACAUCAUUUGGAGAUUCAGGACUCAUGAACAAACAGGCUUUCUGGGUGUUACGUAGGGAACCUUACCUGCUGAUGCCCUGCAAGCUGCUGUCUUCAGAUGCUGCAGCAGUUGUCCACUUGUCCACCUGAGUCUUUCAGCUACCCCCGUGUCCACCUAGAGAGAGCAGCUCUCUUCACACAGCCAGAGGUUCUAUUGCUCUGCGUUCUUACCUUGGCCUUCAAAGAGAGGGUGUUUGGCAUUAUCUUCCCACUGCCCUCAAGACUUUACGGAGAAAUGGGUCGUUUUGAGCCACUGCCGGUUCUUCGUUCCAUAGUCAUCUGUGAAAACUAUAUUAAAUUAUCUAUACAAUUACAUCCCAAUAAGCAGGCUGAAGCAUAGCAUUUGUAAUUUAUUAUUCCAGAGCAGCUCUGUUUCCAUUACAGUGAUUUUCUAAGAAGAACAGUGGGACAGAAUCAGAGCAGGUCAUAGAAUGAUGUUCAACUGGGAUGUGCAGUUUUGUUCCAUUUGUGACCUUGAAAUAAAGCUCGUGAUCCUGAAGAUUUUUCGGUGGUUGCAAGGCCAAAUUAACUGCUGGUAAAAACAACGUCACUUGCAGCUAUUUCAAAAGGUCUGUGGUCAUUUAAGCCAACAGUGAGUUUGGACCUCAAAAAAGAAUUCAUGUGGUAUAUUACAGUGACUGCAAAUGGAGUCUAGUAUGUAAACCAGGCUGUGAACACCACAAGUUUCUAGCUGCCAAAUCACUGCAUAUUCCUUAAUUAAGCAUUGGCUAUAUGAUAAAAGGAAGCUAUGGAAGAAAUCAGCAGAAGUCUUUUCCAAGUAUUUCACAUCAGAAUUUAGAUAUGUUUAAUGGGAUGGAUUUUCAGUGUUUGUUUUGGGAGUUUUUUUGUUUGGUUGGUUUUUUUUUUUUUUAUUUCAAUACUGAAAAUAUUUCAAAGUUUAGAAUAAAAUAAGUACUUGACAAGU